CAGUGUCAGGCAGCGGCCCCUCUGCCACCUCCCCGCGGCCGCACCCACCAGGCUGUGGCCAGACAGGGUGCUCUGGCUGCUGGACGGUCCGCACUCAGCUCCACGGCCACGGCCAUGGCCUCCUGGCUCCUCCCAGCCCUCGCCUUCUGGGCUGGCUGCUUACCCUGCCUGGCAGUGAGAGUUGCCACGCAGCCCAGGGUGUGGUGCCAAGCAUCGAGGUACCCAGUGGCUGUGGACUGCUCCUGGGAUCCGCUGCCAGCUUCCGACUCUGCUGGGACCACGUCCUUCGUGGCCACGUACAGGCUGGGCGUGGCUGCCCAUGGUGAGAGCCAGCCCUGCCUGCAGGCGGCGCCCAACGCCACGAGCUGCACCAUCCUGGAACCCCUGCUCUUCUCCGCGGUCCCCUACGUGCUCAACGUCACAGCCAUGCCUGCCAGCGGCGGCGGUGGCAACAGCACCUUCACUCUAUUUGUGGCUGAGAACAUUAUAAAACCGGACCCGCCCGAGGAGGUGCGCCUGAGCCCCCUCCCGGGACAGCGGCUGCACGUGCAGUGGGCGCCCCCACGCUCCUGGCCCUUCCCGGACAUCUUCUCACUCAAGUACUGGGUCCGCUACCGGCGCCCCGGGGGCGCGCGCUUCCGCCAGGUGGGACCCAUCGAGGCCACAUCCGUCACCCUUCGGGCUGUGCGACCCCAUGCCAGGUACCACGUGCAGGUGGCCGCCCAGGACCUCACCGACUACGGGGAAGUUAGCGACUGGAGCCUGCUGGCCACUGGACCCUGACCCCCUCCCCGGGGCCUGGACACUAAGAGUGCAGCUACCGGGCGCCCCUGGAAUGUGAGGUCCCCCAGGUCAUCCUGGGGGGGGGGGAUCUGAGCCUGCUGUGAGGGUGUGUCUGUGGAAUGGGGGGGGACGCACCCUCUCCUGGGCGGGGGCAGGACCCUACUUUGCACACUGUGAAUGUUUUUAGGAAACACUCCUUCUCCUUGGAAUAAAGGCUCGCCCCUCUCC